GUUGAAUGUUGAACAUCGAUUCGCCAGCUUAUGUUAGCCAACGCUACUACUGUUAGAUUAGCGAGUUUUUAAGAAGGGUUUCUAAUAUUUGUUGUUUUGUGCAGAGUUUUAUCCACUUAUCGAACUGAGGAAAGCCUCAUGCAUUUUAAACGCCUAGAGUGAUCAAAAGACUAUUUUAUGGGUCUUUUACUAAGUGGAAAUCUGUAUACCUCUUACGUAUACGGUGUUUUAUUAUAAUUGAGCCUAUUUCUCAAUCAGUAUCAUGUUCCCGUGUUAAAAUCCGUUUAUUCUAAUCAGAUUGCAGUUUACUUUGGUUGUUUUACAGUCGAUUUCACCCAGCCAGGCUUAACAACUGUAUAUACGCACGUUAAAUUCUGCUUGAUGAUCAUCUAUUUGUCAGUGUAAUAGUGGAUUAUGGUUGAUCGUAACCGUUUCGAAAUUCUGGAAGAGAAUAUUGAGAGUAUUAUUGAUCAUUGCAGAGAAGCAGGAAUUGUUGUAUGCGACUACCAACCCAGUAUAUCGUUUCAGAAGAAGAUCAAUGAUCUAGUUUACAAGUUACAGGAUGUUGAUCGUAUGCAAGUGGAAAUGCAAGAUAUACACGUUCCUAUUGAAUUGUUCUCUAAAAUCGAUGCUGGCCAAAAUCCUCAGUUAUACACUCGUGAAUGCAUGGAGCAAGCUCUAGCAAAAAACGAAGCAGUACGUGGGAAACUAGAUAGCCUUCGUCGCUUCCGAAUGCUGCUUAUAUCUGAAUUAUCUCGUCAAUUUCCCAAUGAAAUGGCUAAAUAUCGAGCUGUACGUGGUGAUCCCGAAGCUCCGGUCCUAGGUCCUGCCAUGUCCAGCAACUCUCAGUCAAAUGGAUCUGGUACUGAAACUGGCUCUGAAACUGUUUCAAUUCGCUAAAAUAUCUAAGUAAACGAUCACUGCAAUUUGUUGCCUCUGGAUGGACACAUGUUUUUUUGUGAACAUUGCAUUUCUUCUUUUUCCUACACUGUUUCUGUAUAUUUACUUGCUUGCCAAAAGAAAUGAAAUUAAGUUGAUCUUUCUUGA